AUGUAUUCUGCCAUCGCGUCUUUUGCUGCCGCGCAACAACGCGCUCCUCAAAAACAACAGCAUCAUCGUUCUCAUCAUCGUCAGGAGGAGCAGCGCAGAAGAAGGCUUUGUUGUAGAUUUUUAUAUUUUCGGUCGUCGACGACGAGCAAAAGUCGUCGUUCUUGUGGUGGUUUUGGUGAAGAAGCACACAUCGCGUCUCGAUGUGACGAUGAUGAUGGAAAAACCGAAUCAGACGAGGAAGAAGUUUCAGAGGAGGAGAGAACCACACGGAACAACAACAAGAAGAAAUCAGUCUGCAUCGUCGGCGGGUGCGGACGGAUUGGGUCUCUAAUCACUCGAACAGUUUUAAACGACCCGGAGAGACGAUACGAGAGAGUGCACGUGUUGACGAGAAAUGUGAACAAAUGCAUCGCACAAAACGACACGAUGAAGGAAGAAAACGAAGAAGAAGGACGAUUGACGUUUGGCGAGUGCGACGUGACAAAUUUUACCGCGGAGCAGUUAUUAGAAAGCGUGAAAGGGUACGACGAAGUCGUCGCGUGUUUUGGAGCGCAGAGAAUCUCGAAACCGUUCGAUUGGAUCACGAACGCGGAAAACGUGGACGAGCGACAUCCGAAAUCGGUGAACUUUUGGGGCGUGAGGAAGUUGGCGUUGGCGGCGAAGGAAGGCGGGUGCGAACGUUUCGUUCGAGUGACUGGGAUGAGCGUCGGGUAUUCUGCGUUUGACUUCAUAGCGGUUUUGUUGAAUAACGUGUUAUCGAUGACGAUUAAGUUUCAAUUGCUCGGGGAGUUGGCGAUUCGAGAGGCGUGCGUCGCGAACGACGAAACGAAAUCGUCGAAAAGGAUGUCGUAUACGAUUGUUCGGCCGGGGAACUUGACAGAUUGGGAAGGAAUUGAUAAUAAUAGCGACGACGAGAAAAAUAGCGGCGCCAGUAGUAGCAGUAGUACGAAGAGUAGCAGGAGCAGCGGCGGCGCAAACAACAAGAAGAACAACAACAACGAAAGAGUCGUCGUUCUAACGCACGGCGCCAACCACAUCGACGCCUCCAAAGUCAGCCGAGAAGACGUCGCGCACAUUAUCUUCGUCGCCUUACAAAACAGAAAAGCGACGGAAAAUGUUACCAUAUCCAUCGCCGGUGCGAACAAAGCCACCGCGGGUAUGCGAAGCGCCUUUCGCUGGGAUCCGGCGAGAGGAGCGUAUUGGGAAACGCAAGCCAUCGACGACGCGAAUGUUCAAAUCCUUUCCAAAUGGUCUGACUUGGACGUGCGUAAAUUUCAACCGGACGAGGAGAACGACUUGAAGGAGAAAGCGCAUCAGUUUUGGGCCUGGUCUUUUUUGUUGAGCGCAUUUGGAGUCGCCUAUUUAUUCCUCCGAGCGAUAUUCUCUUUGGUUCGUUUCUUUAUGCUUAGUUUGACGAGUAGUACUUUCGCGGCGGUAUAA